CUCGCUUCAGGUGGGCAGGAGGGGCUGCCUGCGGUGCCGCUCCCCCUUUUAAAGAUGUAUUUUCAUACAUGUUUUUCUUGGUCUUGCACACAUAUAUGUGUUAAAGCGAUGCAGCUGGCGCUGAUGGAGACGGCUAGAGGGAUCUGGACAGGCUAAAUGGAUGGACCGAGAUCGACGGCAUGAGGCCAACAAGGCCGAGUGUCCUGUGCUGCCCGCAACAACUCCAGGCAGCGCUUCGGGCAGAGUGGCUGGAAGGCUGCUGGUGGAAAAGGAGCUGGGGGUGGUGAUGGACAGUGGCUGAACAAGAGCCCGUGUGUGCCCAGGUGGCCAAUGGCUUCCUGGCCUGUAGCAAAACUUGGCACUGUUGAGGCCACACCGUGAGUACUGUGUUCAGUUUUGACGCCCAUGAUUUAAGAAGGACACUGAGCUGCUGGAGCGGGUCCAGAGAAGGGCAAUGGAGCUGCUGAAAGGUCUGGAGCACAGGCCUGAUGAAGAACGGCUGAGGGAGCUGGGGAUGUUUAGCCUGGAGAAAAGGAGGCUCAGGGGGACUUAAUCAUUUUGUACAAGUCCCUGAAAGGAGGCUGUGGCCAGGUGGGAGUCAGUCUCUUCUACAAGGGGAAAUGGCCUCACGUACCAGGGAAGGUUUAGGUUGGACAUGAGGAAGAAUUUCUUCACAGAAAACGCGUUUAAACAUUGGAAUAGGCUGCUCAGUGGUGAAGCCACACUCUCUGGAGGUGUUUAAGGAAAGACUGGAAUUGGCACUUAGUGCUCUGGUGUAAUUGACACGGUUGUGUUUGCUCAUAGGUUGGACUAAGUAAUCUCAGAGGCAUUUUCCAACCUGAUUAAUUCUGCGGGUCUGAGGCCGAGAGCUCCGCGCUCACUGUGGGCCAGGGAGCAGCCAGCUCCCGUCGCGGCGGGACGUUAACGCUUCCCGAGAGCCCCACACGGGCGCUCCAGCACCGCCUUCCCCGAGCCAGCGCUCCCGGCACCGCCGCCUCCCUCGGACUGGCACCGUCCCACCCCGCUCCGGGGCGUUCCACAAGAGGAGGCAGCGCUUGUUUCGUUACUUCCCUCCCCUCCCCGCCGGCGGUGCGAGGCCGGUGCUGUCCCGGGGCGGAGCGGCCAUGGCGGCGCGCCGUGGCAGGAUGUUAAGGACCUUUGCUGCCAGGCCUGGGGAAUGUUCUGAAACUGUAAAUGCUGGAAUUAAAAGUCUGUAUUUGACACCUCCCAUAAAACCGAAUCGAAAUGUGUGCAUUGAGAGUAUGCCAUCAGAAGUAUUGCUGAAGAUAUUUUCCUGUUUGGAUGCCGUGUCCCUGUUGGCUGUUGGUUGUGUGAAUAAGCGCUUCUAUGAGCUGGCCAAUGACAACGGAGUUUGGCUGAAACUCUAUUCCAGUUCUUUGCAACCAAAAUGGACAAUUUGGAAAAUGAAGUCUAAGCAAACAGAAACUGUGUCUUUGGGCUGUGCUGCCAUACAUGAUAAAAAACCUGGGUACUGGAAGAAAGAAUACAUCUUCAAACAAACAUCUGCCUUCAAAACUAGAGUAAUGCGACUUGUUAAAUUUCUAGAUCCUUAUACAGGUCUUCCAUGUAAAAACAAAGAAGCUAUGAAAGUCUCUGGCCUGUGUUGGAUAAUUGUUCUAAAGGACAAAAAUGGAAAAGAACAUAUAGUAGAGAAGCCAAACCUAUCAUUUAAGGACACAUCUGUGACCGUACUUUGGUAUGGAACAGACUGGCCAUGCUUAGACAUCCUGUCAACCCUAAAACUGUUUGGAGUUACACCAUUGCUUCCUAACCAAAGGAUACCUCCCAGCAAGAAUGGACCUCGUAGAUUUUCCUUGAUUGCUGAAUACCAUCUUGCUAACCUGACUGAAAAUAAUGUAGCAGUUGGUGCUGAUGAGCUUGUCCAUCUCUUCAGUCUGAGUCCAGGACUGUUAGUAGGAAUUUGGAAGGAGAAAAAUGAAAUUGCUUUUGUUAUGGCGAAUCUUCAUUAUAAUCAACUUCUUGAGAGAAGCAUAUUGGGUUCUGCUACUGUUCAAUAUGUUCCUCCACCUAAUAAACCUUUACUGGAUGAUAUUGACUCAGAAUAUGGACUGCAUGACUACAGCCUGCAUCUUGAUCUGCAUGGCAGAAACUGCAUGUACCUGUGUGGAUCAUUCAAGUGCCUCUUCUGCAGAAAACGUGACAUUGAAAAUGGAUACCUGAGGCUCAGAGUUGUAAACUUAAAGGAUAAUAGGAAGCACUUGCCUAUUAUUGGGACACUUGGCAUAUGCUGGGAAACAGAUGUGUUUAAAGGCAAUGUAAAGGACUGCUUUGUGAUGGAUCUGACCCUCUUGGAUGAAACUGGAAAGCCCUUCUGGUGUUUUAGUGCUCCAGUCCGCAUGGAAUUGUCUGCCAAGUCAUCUGGCCUUUAUGACUACAUGGGUCAUAUCUAUACUGCAGAUUAUUCAGAUUCAGAGGGUAAAGUCUGUCUUGAGUUUGUAUGGUUGGAAGAAACCAAGGAAUAUAUUAUAGUCAGUUUGGUGCUUUAUGUAAGCACCAAGAAGGUAAAUAGCUGGUAUGGAACAAACUACUGACUUAAUUAGGUCACUAAUUUCCUUGCUUUAAAAACCAAGCAAGCAACCCUCCCACAGCAAGAAACACAAUAAACCAUCUAUGCUUAAGAUUAACACCAACAAGGAAGACUAUUCCUGCAAGUUUUCCAGUUAACAAGUGCAAUUGCCUAAUUUUUUCUAAUAGGUGCUUGAGAGAUUGAAGAAGCAUGUUGAUAAAAGUGAGAUGUUUUCUUUUCUGUUGAAUAUUGCAUGGUCACACUGUUUCUCACUGGCUAUAUUGGAAUUAUUUUUAGGAAGAUUUUUCUUUGUAGAGACUUGUUACUAUGGUUAAGGAAUUGCUUCUUUUGAGAGCCAUACUGUGAAGAUGCCUUACCUUACAUAAGCUGCACUGGUUUUGAGAACAUUGACUUUUAUGUUUAGUAAUAAAACAGCAUGUGUGCUGUUCCCUCCAGAUUUGUUGGAGGGAUAUUGGUAAAGCACAGGUUUCAUUAAAUGCUUUUUUCAGAAAAACUGCACUUAAAUAUAUUUUAGUAAAAGAUUGAAAGGGUAGAUGGGAAGUCAGAUCUGAAAAAUGUCAGUUGAGGCAUUUGUUAAGAAAGACGUGUAAAAUCUGUUUAUGACAUUUCUUUAAAUUCCUGUUUGUUCUGUUUUCCCAUGUUGUAACCUUGUCUGAUUUGAGUCUAGAUACAUGCCUCACAUGUUGACCUAGGAAUAAGUGUCCCAAUUAACAGCCAAUCUGAGCUGUUGUCUGUUCUUACGGAAUGUAUGUAACAGUCAGGUGUUUCAGAAACAAUGCAUAUCUGAUAUUGUUUAUCUAACAAUAUGAAUCCAUAUAAAAAUUGAA